ACACCUUCAGUCUAAGGGCUGGGGAUAAGGGAGAGAGGAGCAAGAGGCCCAGUUUGGCUCUAAAGAAGAAACGAGUUCUGUUUUUCACUUAUGGCUUUGUUGUAGUAACAACAAUUUACCAACAACACACCGUUAUUUUUGGGGGGGUGAUAUCUGGAAGGAAAAGAACCCACGUUUUGUUCUGAAAGGCGCCCGGUUUUUUUUUUUCAGAAGCUUUGUGGCGCUGAGUGAGAGACCAUGGAGAUGCAAAUAUGGUCCACAAGGUGGAAAACCAAAAGGUGGCUUUUGAAUCCCACUCUAACCACCAUCGUCACUCUCACUGUCCUUCUGCAAGCCGUCAAUGUCCAAUCAGCUGCCCCAGUGGAUGUACUCAAGGCUCUGGACUUCCCCAGCUCCCCGGAUGGCGUCCGUAAAGCUGCGGGAUUCUGCGCUCACCGGAGAGGAUCUAAACCUGACGUAGCCUUCCGUGUGGGGAAGCAGGCCCAGAUCAGCGCUCCCAGCAAGCAACUCUUCCCAGGAGGAGUGUUCCCAGAGGACUUCUCAGUGAUGUUCACCAUCAAGCCCAAGGCAGGCAGCCAGUCCUUCCUGCUGUCUGUGUAUAAUGAGCAGGGGGUCCAGCAGCUGGGUGUGGAGGUGGGACGCUCUCCUGUCUUCCUGUACGAAGACCAACAUGGGAAACCUGCCCCAGAGGAUUACCCACUGUUCAGAUCCAUCAACCUCGCUGACGGCAAAUGGCAUCGCGUGGCCAUCAGUGUGGAGAAGAAGAGUGUGACCAUCAUUGUGGAUUGUAAGAAGAAGCUGAGCAGGCCACUGAAGAGGAGCGACGGGGCGGCCAUCAACACUGACGGCAUCGUUGUCUUUGGAACCAGGAUUCUGGAUGAAGAAGUUUUUGAGGGUGACAUCCAGCAGCUGCUGAUUGUGGCCGACCCACGGGCAGCGUACGACUACUGUGAACACUACAGCCCCGACUGUGAAACACCUCACCAGGAACAACCACAGGCACAGGAACCAGAGGAUGAGUACAAUUCGUACGACCUAGAGUACAGUGAGGUCUAUGACUACAGUGAAGGAGAAGUGGCCACUGAAACUGCCCCAACCGAAGGAGGCAAACCUGCACCUGAGGCUGUGGACGGAGCUCAACCCGAUGAGAACCCUACAGACUCAACCGUUUCAAUCCUGAACUACGACGAGGACAUAGUCGACGAUUACGUCACCGGCGUGGAGCAGGUCGACGCCGACCCUACGGCUGCCGCAGAAAUCGGCUCUGAUACCAAAGGUCCCGACCCCGGCGCAGAAUCGUACGAUUUUAAGGAGUACGAUCUGAAGGAAUACGGUGAUAUUAUCGAUACGAAACAGACGUACGAGUACGGUGACUACGGCGACUAUGGCACCGGCGAGGCCAAACCUACCUCCUUCCCGGCCCACGAGGAUGAGUUUGGGCCGGGCGUACCUGCUGAGACCGACACAGAUAGUAGUAUGGGAGGAGGCAGAUAUGGUGGAGAGAAAGGAGAGAAGGGAGAACCCGCCAUCAUUGAACCAGGGAUGCUGAUUGAAGGACCCCAAGGAGGCCCCGGCCAAGCUGGCCUGCCCGGCGCCCCAGGCUCCCAGGGUGCCCCUGGCCCACAUGGAGACCACGGUGACAGGGGUCCUCCAGGGCGUGCUGGUCUUCCUGGUUCAGACGGAGUUCCUGGUCCUCCAGGUACCCUUCUAAUGAUGCCGUUCCGUGCUGGUGGAGAUGCACAGAAGGGACCAGUGGUCUCAGCUCAGGAGGCACAAGCUCAGGCGAUCCUGUCCCAAGCCAGGCUCUCCAUGAGGGGUCCUCCUGGGCCAAUGGGAAUGUCAGGAAGAUCUGGGCCUUUGGGUGGACCUGGACCUAACGGACUGAAGGGAGACGGAGGAGACAACGGACCUCAGGGUCCCAGAGGUCUUCAGGGUCCAGCUGGCUCACCUGGAAAAGCAGGAAAGAGGGGUCGCAACGGAGCUGACGGUUCCAGGGGUAUGCCAGGAGAGUCGGGGGGCAAGGGGGACCGAGGUUUCGACGGGCUCCCAGGUCUCCCGGGAGAGAAGGGACACAGGGGUGAACUGGGUUCCAUCGGCUCUCCAGGUGCUCCAGGAGACGAUGGCCAGAGAGGCGAGGACGGUGAGAUCGGACAGAGGGGUCUGGCUGGAGAGAGUGGUCCUAGAGGCCUGCUUGGUCCUAGAGGAUCCCCUGGGACUGGUGGACAGCGUGGUCUUGCUGGGCUGGACGGCCAAGCUGGUCCCAAAGGAAACCAGGGCACACAAGGAGAGUCAGGGCCCGCCGGUCAGCAGGGCAUCCCUGGACCACAAGGUCUUGUCGGUCCUCAAGGCCCAAUCGGACCGCCUGGUGAAAAAGGACCGUCAGGUCGUCAGGGAUUGGCUGGUCUGGGUGGUGCCGAUGGUCCUCCCGGUCACCCAGGGAAGGAGGGUCCUCCAGGAAUGAAAGGAGGCGUCGGUCAUCCUGGUCCUCAGGGUUCUAUUGGCUACCCUGGCUCACGAGGUGUCAAGGGUGCCGAGGGUGUCAGAGGUCUGAAAGGCGGCGGCGGAGAAAAGGGAGAGGACGGUUUUCCAGGUUUCAAAGGAGACAUGGGCAUCAAGGGAGACAAGGGAGAGCUCGGUGUCCUAGGAGCCAGAGGUGAAGACGGACCUGAGGGCCCCAAAGGUCGAUCAGGCCCCAACGGAGAGGCCGGCCCCAUCGGGUCUGCUGGAGAGAAGGGUAAACUUGGUGUCCCCGGAUUACCCGGCUACCCAGGAAGACAAGGACCUAAGGGCUCCAAUGGCUUCCCUGGAUUCCCCGGCUCCAACGGAGAAAAAGGAGGAAGGGGUAUCGCUGGUAAAUCCGGACCCAGGGGACAACGUGGCCCAACGGGUCCCCGUGGUGGAAGAGGUGCCAGGGGACCAACUGGAAAGCCAGGUGCUAAGGGAACAUCAGGUAAUGACGGGCCUCCAGGUGGACCAGGAGAGAGAGGACCUCAAGGACCCCAGGGGCCAGCCGGCUUCCCAGGACCUAAGGGCCCUAAUGGCCCCCCGGGUAAAGACGGACUGCCUGGUCACCCUGGGCAGAGAGGAGAGACAGGUUUCCAGGGAAAGACUGGCCCACCUGGGCCUGGAGGUGUUGUCGGACCCCAGGGACCAACAGGAGAGACCGGCGGCAUCGGAGAGAGAGGACACCCUGGUUCCCCUGGACCCCCCGGAGAGCAAGGUUUACCUGGAUCUGCUGGGAAAGAAGGAGGAAAGGGUGACCCAGGUCCUAUGGGUACAUCUGGAAAGGUUGGCCCAGCCGGGCUCAGGGGCUUCGCUGGACAGAGAGGUCUUCCUGGGGCUAACGGUCCAGCUGGUUUGAAGGGAGGCGAAGGACCACAGGGUGCCCAAGGUCCCAACGGUUCUCCAGGAGAGAGAGGUGCUGCCGGUCCCGGAGGUGCCAUCGGUCUUUCAGGACGCACCGGACCUCAAGGAGGUCCUGGACCAGCCGGAGAGAAGGGAGGCCCGGGAGAGAAAGGCCCCGUGGGACCAGCUGGUCGUGACGGUAUCCAAGGUCCUGUUGGUCUUCCUGGCCCUGCAGGCCCCCAAGGCCCCCCUGGAGAGGACGGAGACAAGGGAGAGGUUGGUGAGCCUGGCCAGAAGGGAAGCAAAGCAGACAAGGGUGAACAGGGUCCUCCUGGUCCAUCUGGUCUUCAAGGUGUCAUCGGAGCUCCUGGUCCUGCCGGCCCCAGAGGAGAGACAGGGGAGAAGGGAGAGUCAGGACCACCUGGAGCUGCUGGACCUGCUGGAGCCCGCGGACCCGGAGGAGACGAUGGCUCCAAAGGCAACCCCGGACCCGUUGGCUUCCCUGGAGACCCAGGUCCCCCUGGAGAGCCUGGAGUUGGUGGAUUGGAUGGCUUGGCCGGAGACAAGGGAGAUGACGGAGACGCUGGUCAGCCAGGUCCAUCUGGUCCUUCUGGAGAAGCUGGACCUCCAGGACCACCCGGCAAGAGGGGACCCAUUGGACCAGCCGGUUCUGAGGGAAGACAAGGAGAGAAGGGUUCUAAGGGUGAGGCUGGAGCCGAUGGGCCUGAUGGUAAAACUGGACCUGUCGGACCCCAGGGGCCCCCUGGGAAGCCUGGACCCGACGGCCUGCGUGGAAUCCCCGGCCCUGUCGGUGAACAAGGACUUCCUGGUGCUUCUGGAAUGGACGGACCUCCUGGACCAAUGGGUCCUCCUGGUCUCGCUGGCUUGAAAGGAACUCCUGGCGGUAAGGGAGAAAAGGGUCACCCCGGUCUGAUUGGUCUGAUUGGACCACCUGGUGAGUUUGGAGAGAAGGGAGACAGAGGCCUGCCUGGACCCCAGGGAACUGGUGGAGGCAAGGGAGACACUGGUGUUGGAGGUUCGGCUGGUCCUCUUGGUCCUCCUGGUCCUCCUGGAAUUCCUGGACAUGUAGGCUCUAAGGGGUCCAAGGGAUCAUCAGGUGGAGCUGGCCAGAAAGGAGACACUGGUAUGAUUGGACCACCCGGAGCUCCUGGUCCUCCUGGGGACAUCAUCCAGCCGCUGCCCAUGCAGCAGGCGAGCAGGAAGAACAGACGCCAGGCGGAGGACGACGGCGUUCAGGGCGACGAGGCGGGAGGCAUGGCGGACUACGACAUGGAGGCCACAGCGGACAUGGAGGACGUGUUCGGGUCCCUGAAUAACUUGAAGCAGGACAUCGAGAGGAUGAAGUUCCCCAUGGGAACCCAGGACAACCCUGCCAGGACCUGCAACGACCUGCACCUCAGCCAGCCGGACUUCCCCGACGGUGAAUACUGGAUCGAUCCUAACCAGGGCUGUACUGGAGACUCCUUCAAGGUCUACUGUAACUUCACCGCUGGAGGAGAGACCUGUAUUUACCCCGACAAGAAGUCCGCUGGUGUCAGAAUCUCUAACUGGCCCAAGGAGGCUCCAGGGUCAUGGUUCAGCGAAUUCAAACGGGGAAAAAUAUUGAACUAUGUGGACAUGGAGGAGAACACCAUCCAGACGGUCCAGAUGACCUUCCUGAAGCUGCUCAGCUCAACGGCCCGUCAGAAUUUCACCUACAUCUGCCACCAGUCGGUAGCCUGGUACGAUGCCAAGGCAGACGGCUACGACAAGGCUCUACGCUUCCUGGGUUACAACGACGAGGAGAUGUCCUACGAUAAUAACCCUUUCAUCAAGGCCCUGUCGGACGGAUGCUCACUGAAGUCGGGCUACUCCAAGACGGUGAUGGAGAUCAACACUCCUCGCAUCGACCAGGUGCCCGUCAUCGACGUCAUGUUCAAUGACUUUGGUGAACCCAGCCAGCGGUUCGGUUUCGAGGUGGGCCCCGUCUGCUUCAUGGGCUAGGACCUGACCGCCACCCCCCGACCAGCUGAAGGACAGGGUUAGAGGGCGUUCUGUUCCAUGCAUGCCUUGUACUGCCGACUGAAUACCUGACAUCAAUCACUCACCCUUCCCUAUACUCCACUCGACCUGGCCUCCGGCUCUAAACCAAACCUGUGUUUUAUAUCCUUGAUAAGAUGAUCAGACCCCCAGUAUCAGACCAGCAGCACGCUGCCCCCCCCUCCACUCGAGAACAGCGUGCCGCCCUCCUCUGCCCUGUCAUAGAAGCAUUGUCCUAGGGGAAUACUCCUCGCCCUUGUAGGGCCAAUCACAUAGUGACUUUACCUUGUAACAGGAGGGAGUGACAUGAGGAAUAAAGGACGUUUGAUGCGGUCGACGGACAGUGGUGCACUUUCGGCAAACAGAGGGAGGAUCCACUCACACCAACGCCCAAGCCCCCUUUUCCUCUCCUCGUCUUUCCCCCUUCUCGUCUUCUCGUUACCCCAUGACCUUAUCUAGAGAGACGUUCCACUCACCUGCCUUCUCCUCCCCCAGCCCAGCCUCCCUGUCUGGUAGCUCCAGUCUCCUCGUCCCUCCCCCAGCCCAGCCUCCCUGUCUGGUAGCUCCAGUCUCCUCGUCCCUCCCCCAGCCCAGCCUCCCUGUCUGGUAGCUCCAGUCCCCUCGUCCCUCCCCCAGCCCAGCCUCCCUGUCUGGUAGCUCCAGUCCCCUCCUCCCUCCCCCAGCCCAGCCUCCCUGUCUGGUAGCUCCAGUCCCCUCGUCCCUCCCCCAGCCCAGCCUCCCUGUCUGGUAGCUCCAGUCCCCUCCUCCCUCCCCCAGCCCAGCCUCCCUGUCUGGUAGCUCCAGUCCCCUCCUCCCUCCCCCAGCCCAGCCUCCCUGUCUGGUAGCUCCAGUGUUGCUCCAGAUACAACCACAGAGGUGAUUUUGUGCGGAACACAGAACACCAAAAGGUGCUACAGAAAAAGUGCAUUUUAAUAAACUGUAAUUAUUAUAAUUAUUUUGUACAAUACUGUUCUCUUUCUGAGUCCACUCUUCAAAAAAAAAAACAUGCAUGUGUACCAAGACUCUUAAUAAAAUGUUUUAAUAAUGUUAUAAUAAAUAAAUGUUAGUAAGACUAUAUAGAAAAUACAUUUGCAAAAAAUAUAUUUGUUUGUUUUUUAAUGUCUGUUGAGAAGUAAGUACGUAGUGUUGUCGUUGUUUUUGGAAUACAAUGUUAAUAUCAGCAGUUGAAUACAAAUCUUCUCUAUUGUGUAAUUAUGAAGAAUCUCCUUUGUAAAUAUUGACCAUUAUAAAGCACUUAAAGCAUUAUUCUCCCCCUCCAAGACUAUACUAUACUCUAAUAUACUCUACAGUGAAGGGUUAUACACAUAGUAGGCCUAUAUAUAUAUAUAUAUAUAUGGUUACUAAGGGUUACUAAACCAAAUUGAACAACAACAAUAUGGUUACUAAGGGUUACUAAACCAAAUUGAACAACAACAAUCAACUCAAAGUGAGCUCUCUAAACAGGACUUGUUGUUUCAAACUAUUAAAUCAUGUUUUUCUUUCUUAUUUGUGCCCGCUAAAUCAAGAAGUUUGCAGAGUAAAUUAAAAAUGAGUAAUGUAAAAAAUGUCCAAAAAGCCAAUAGGUAUUGUCCUCUCAACUAAAGCUUCGUCUGCCAGAUAAAUAUGAUCCCACAGAAUGGUAUACCUCAAUCGCUCUACGUACAUAAAGUUGAGACUCUAUAGGAUGGAUGACAAACCUUGAUGUAUAUACAAUUAAGUUUACAUAUUUGGGUGGAGAAAAUAAAAAUACUUAUUUGUGUAGGUUCUUCACGUCCAAUUCCUAACAGUUUGUGAAUGAUGCCAAAUAAAUGAGCUCUUUAUACAGUUAAUCCGUUUUCCUGUAACAGUAAUGAGGAAAGGUUUUCAUGUGCUUUUGAUGGUUGAUUCAUAUUAAAACUGGAUUCUGAAUAACGUGUCGAUUUGACCGUCUGUAUUCUUUACUAUCUCUAGUGAUUCCAUACUAUCUCUAGUGA